AUGCGUGGUAUUUUGCAAUGGAAAGAGCGAGAUGGUGCUCGCCCGGCAACUGCAACCGUGGCAGGCAUUGAUUGCCAUGGCGAAGAGAGCACAUCUGCAUCGGAUGCCUUUGAGCCUAUUGGCACUUACCACCUAUUCCCAUCCGAUGUCAUGACGAAACAAAUUUGUAUAUAUCCGGAAAUACCUAAACCUUACAUCUUCGGUCGUCUCUCACUCGAGUUGAAAUUCGAAAUAUUCUCAUAUUUAACCUUUGACGGACCCAAUUCCAUAUGCUCCCACGGUCGUAUUGGCGAAGCCUGGUUUCUCCUGGGUCAGGAAGCCGACUUCCUUUUCCUGAAUGUUACGGACAGGAAGGACUGGUAUCUGCUUUUCUUUGGGACCAGGGCAUCCCUCGUGGCAUAUACCAUGUUGACGGUCAAGUGGGAGAAAAUCCGGGGUCAGAAUUUCUUCGGGAUCAGGGAAACCCUCAUAAAACAGACCCUGUCGUUAAUCAACCGGAAGAAAAUCCGGCAAUUGCUGGAACCAAUUGCUACUAUUGUGAGCCUAGAGCCUGUUUUGAGAAAUGGUCCAUAUGGAUCUGCUGGCCACCCCCGUAAAGAAAAGGCGAAUAUCAUCAGCUGA